AUGCCCCUGACCGAGACCGAAGCUGAAUCGAGAAGACUGUACGCCGAACUCGAGCCCGGCGAUAAGGUUCACGUCGACCAUACGAUCAAGGUGGGCCUUUCGUCCUGGCACAAGACCAUCACCGGGACGGUGGAAUACAAGGAACGUCGUCGCAAUGGGAUGCACUACAAGCGAGCCAACGACGACAAGGUCUAUACCGAUCAUCUCGUGCUGCGAUUGGAAGACGGCGAACUAACCUCCGUGACGAUGGACGAGUUCACGGGCGCUGCGGACUGCUUGUCAUUCCGUAUUCCUCAGGGUGACGGCCCGCAGCACUUCGUCACCAGAAACCUGCACCGGCAGACAAGCGGUCGGCGCCAUCCGCAGCUUGCAUUCAUGUCGCAACCGUCGCCACAAGACGCCACCUCGCUGUUCUCGCGCCACUCGCGCAAGUUCUCCGACCAGCGGUUCGUCUAUCCCGUGGUGAGCCGCCGCUCGGGCGGGAUCUCGAUCGGCGUGAAUCUCAACCCCGACAAGAUCUGCAACUUCGACUGCAUCUACUGCCAAGUCGAACGGGUUAGCCACAGCGUCACACGAUUCGUCGAGUCCGACGCCCUGCUGGCCGAACUAGACAACACCCUGCGGCUCGUCACUAGCGGUGAAAUCUACGACGACCCGCUGUUUAGCUCCACGCCCGAGAACUUGCGACGCCUGAACGACAUCGCCUUCAGUGGCGACGGCGAGCCAACCACCUACCGCAACUUCGACGAGAUCAUCGACAAGUGCGCCGAGGUGAAACGACGCCAUGGGCUGGAAUACGUAAAAAUGGUGCUGAUCACCAACGCCAGCAUGUUCCACCGCCCGGGCGUUCAACGAGGGCUAAAGAUCCUCGAACGCAACAACGGUGAGAUUUGGGCCAAGCUCGAUGCGGGCACGGAAGACUACUUCAAGCUGGUCGAACGCACGAAGAUUUCAUUCCGCCAGGUGCUGGACAACAUCGCGGCGGCGGCUCGCGAGCGUCCGUUGGUCAUCCAGACGAUGUUCAUGAAAAUCGACGGGCAACCACCUUCGACGGAAGAGUUGGACGAAUACUGCAACCGGCUGAACGAGAUUCUUGAGGCCGGCGGUAGUCUCAAACUGGUGCAGGUCUACACCGUUGCCCGCCUUCCGGCCGAAUCGAACGUAACCCCACUGAGCCACAAGGAAGUCGACGCCAUUGUCGAACGAGUGAAAGCCAAAACCGGACUGACGGCCGAACCGUUCUAUGGGCCGAACGUGCCGGCCGAAGAAGCAUAG